CCAGUCCUUCAAGAUCAUUGCAAGUGUCAUCUAUAGAGGGAAAACAAAGACCAUAAUUAACAAGGAAUAUCCAAGUCUUUUAUACAAGUUACCUGAGAGAGACCACUGGCUUGCAUGGAGGAACACAUCAAAUGAAGAAGCCAUUUGGAUUGAUGUCUCACCUGUGCCCCACUUUGACCAUCAAUUAAUGGACAUAUCAGAGUAACUAACUUAAACGCAAAAACUGAAUGUUGAUGGAGAUGCUGACAAAGUCAAUGGACCAUGAAAGAAAAGAAAAGCAAUAUUGGAAAUGGUUCCCAAUCUAUUCACAAUUUCUCUGAGGCUGAAAAGGUUAAGUUCAGAUCCUUGCUGCUUGAGUGGUAUGAUGAAAAGAAACGUGAUCUCCCAUGGAGAAAACAGGCUCUCAACCCAGAUAUAAACCAACGUGCCUAUGCUGUUUGGGUGUCAGAGGUCAUGUUACAGCAAACUCAGGUUGCCACAGUGAUCAACUAUUACAACAAAUGGAUGGAGAAAUGGCCGAAGCUCCAAGACUUGGCCAAAGUUGACUUAGAGGAAGUGAAUGAGUUAUGGUCAGGCCUAGGAUACUACUCAAGAGGACGCAGACUCCAUGAAGGGGCCAAAAAGGUCGUGGAGGAGUUAGGUGGUGAGAUGCCAAAAACUGCAGACGACCUUCAGAAAUUAUUGCCAGGGGUCGGUCGAUACACAGCUGGAGCCAUAGCCUCAAUAGCCUACAAUCAGGUAACAGGACUUGUGGAUGGAAAUGUGAUCCGAGUGUUAUGUCGGAUGAGGAUCCUGGGAGGAGACAGCAUGGGUCAGGCAGUACAAGAAAAACUAUGGUCCCAUGCCAACAGUGUUGUGGAUCCUGAGAGGCCGGGUGACUUCAAUCAAGGUAUGAUGGAAUUAGGAGCCACUGUUUGUACCCCUAAGUCACCGUCCUGUGACAGCUGUCCAGUACGGGAAAUCUGUCUGGCUUACUCUAAGGUAGAAAAUGAAAAACAGAAGUCUGCAAAAAAGAUUCUCACCAACAACAACAAUGCUGUUACAGACAUCGAAUGUUUGACUGACAGCUGCCCUCUGUGUUUCCAGGAUGAGGACAAAUGGGAGCCAAGCAACGGUGUUGAAAAUUAUCCCAGGAAAGGAAAGAAGAAGGCAGCAAGAGAGGAGCGAACAGAUGUGUGUAUCGUGUGUCAGAGAGGACAGGACGGCAGGGACCAGUACCUCAUUGUACAGCGACCAAGUAAAGGUCUACUGGCAGGGUUGUGGGAGUUUCCAUCACUGCUGCAGGCAGAGAAAUCAGAGAAUCUUGCUGAAACAGUUCUGGAUAAGGCUUGUGGGGCCUCGUUACAAACAGCAGGACAGAGUCACCAUAUAGGAGAGGUGGUCCAUAUUUUCUCCCACAUUCACCAAACAUAUGUCAUACAGUCUGCUACUGUAAAGGAAGGGGAGGUCACUCUAGAAACAGAACAACCACCGAGUCGCUGGGUCACCAAAGAAGAGUUCUUUGAAUGUGCAGUAUCCACAGGGAUGAAGAAGGUCUUCAAGGCAUAUGAAGCUUCAUUAUCUUCUAAACCAGGCAGUAAAAAGAUAAAGAAGACUCCCAGUAAGCCUGAUGAUAAACAGAGAUCCAUUAGUUGUUUCUUCAAACCUAAAGCUUCAUCCUGAAACUCAUACAGACCUCAUCAGUCAUCAUACAGAAUGCAUACAUGUAUAAAUAUUGUAUCAAUUAUUGUCAUGAUAAUUAAAUGCAUGGAUUUUA